AUGCAGCUUCUGGAGAUCGGCCACUUCGACUUCGUGACCCUCCUUUUAGAGAUCGCUGGUAGUAGUUUUCAUUUUGCAGAGAAACAUGUAAAUGGUGUGAAUCCAGCACUGGUUGCUGGAGUUUCUCUUGAAGAGGAUGAUGUUCGAGACAGCAUGAGAUCUACGGACGAUCCCAUAUCUGUGCAUAAGUCGUUUGUUCUUGCCUAUGAUAUAGAUAGUCUUAUGGAAGACCCAUCCGGCUUAGCCUUCUUCAUUCAGUUUCUUGAAUCUUGUGACAAGUUGAAUCUCAUCAAAUUCUGGAUUCAUGUGAAUGGGUAUAAAUCCUCGUUCGAAGAAGGACUGUCUGGAACAUCUCAGAAAGUCGAAUUAUCAUUAGUGCUGUUAGACGCACGAAAUAUCUACGACAGAUACAUCGAUAAAGAAUCCGCUACUAGCUUGUCUUUUCCCAAAAGCAUAUGUGAGCGAAUCUCAGCAAGACUGUCUGAAGAUGGCUUAGGGCCCGAUUUAUUUGACGAGGCAAAGGAGUCUAUCCGCAAUGUAUUCGUGAGUCGCUAUCUCAAAGAUUUCAUGAACAGUAUUUAUUACAAGAAAUAUCUUUUGCAAGUUCUCUCUCGAGGGUGUAGUUUGGAUGACAUCUUGUUGGUUCCUGCACUGUUGAACGCUUUUCUAGAGUUUGUCGACAACGAUCAUGAUCGCAAUUGCAUACAGUUCUUAUUGGCUUGUAAUACAUUCGAGGCGAGUUACGAUACUUUAUCGGAUAAAGAACUACUUGAGGAUGCUAUGUGUAUUUACGAUAAGUAUUUCUCAAUGCAAGCAGUUUCGUCUCUUCAAGUCAAUGAUCAUGUUAGGCAAGUGAUGGAGUCUGAAAUCUGUACCGAUUCUGGACGUCCUUUGCGGUCAUCUUUUUUAAGUGCUAAGCAAUCUUGUAUGCAGCGACUGGUCAAGAAAUAUCUACGAGCGUUUGUUCGAUCUCCUGGCUAUCUUAACUAUCUGAUUGAGUUAGAGGCGGAGGUUUGCAAUGCGAUAGAGUUACCUCGUCCAAAUCGAGAGAAAAACUGUGCUGCUGGUUCGUCGUCAUCUGAUUCUUUGUUGAUGAACUUCGGGAAGACUUUUGAAUCACCGGUGUGCAAACCUGCUUCCGUAAAAUCCGCGCAAUAUUCACCACUUCUUGGCAGGCACGAUAAGAGUUUUAAUAUAGCUGAAGUCGACUGCAUGGGUCAGUACCACGUGCUUUAUGACGACUCGUUAACUCAGGACUUCUCCACACCAGCAAAAAUCCGUCAAAAGCUGAGGAAGUACUUGGACAAGUCCGCAGUGAAAGAGGAGGAGGUUGCUCUUGAAGUUGCUAGGACAAUUAUUGCUGAUGUGCAUAAUAUGGUGGAGGCUGGGAAAAGAUGAAUUUGAAAUUUUUUUCUGUUUGCAUUUUGACAUUGUUCAUACGAUAGUGACCAUCUCUGGUAUGCACAUAUGUUGCUGUCAUUUGAUUUUGUCAACUCGAUUUUUUUUCUGAUUGUUUGUGAAGUAGCGGUGGCUUGAUUUUCAAAGGAGCUGUGAUAAUAUUAGCUCAUUCAUUUCUACACCCAUGACCUGUGAAGGUACGCAUUUGUGGAGCGUAUUGCAAUAGCCUCCGCUAUAGGCAUUAGCAUCUAUCUACAUACCCAAAACUUUCUAGUCAUUCAAAGUGAUUACAAACGUCAUCUCAACUAUUACCAUCAUCUUGCCCAGAGUAGAAGUUCUGAAAAUUUGUUUGUAGCAAGUUGUUUAUUCUUUAUAUAAUGCUCCACUUUAUCUUUGCUACUGGGAUUCGAGACUAAUAUUCAUGGUAAACCGCAAUCUGAAUUUUAACAUUCACUUGGCCAUAAUCUUCAUCAUCUCAGUGAUUACCAUUAUAAAUAAAGCCUUUGUGAUAGUUAUUAAUAAACUGG